UACUGCUGAGUACUCCUAUAGGCACUGACAAUGGCCCCUAAUAGCGCCUUCACGCCGAAGGCGUCCUUGACUGACGCUCCUACCAACCUGAAGGAGGCCAUUGACUGGGUCCUGAGGGUAACUGGUAGGGAUGGUAGAAGCAACAAGGAUGAAUGCAUAUGUGGCCUGGCGUCGGCAGUGACUGACCUACUGCAGUCAGUACAACUGGAGUACCAUGGUUAUGAAGGUGAUAGGAAGGACGGUGACAGCGGUGACACCAGCAAAGGCCCCCCAAAGGGGAAUGUCACUAACCGCCUCAACGAACUAUUCUCCCUGGUACAGGGACUAGGUGGUACCCCUGUGGUCCGGACCUAUAUAGACCAGCUGGCACAGGUACUCAGUGCACUCGUUGGGUGGAGUAGUAUAACGAAGUGUGAUAAUGGUGGUGGUGGCAAGUGCAAGGGGAGUAGUGGCAAUAACAAUCAACACGGCAAAGAUGGCGAGUGUCAGUAUCUUAAGGAUGUAACGCCGAACACGCCGUGCACGGAAUGUAAAUGUAUGAAAUGGGAUGAUCCCAAUCAGAGCAGUAAUGAAGGACACCACCUAGGAAGGAGGUGUAAAAGGUGUAGUGGUAGUGGUGGUAGUGCUCAUAGGUGUAGCUGUACUGGUGGUGGCGGCACGCAGUGUACUGCUGAGAAGUGUCAAUGCGCUAAAGAAGGCAAAUGCUGCAAGUGUUGUUGUAAUGGUGGUUGUGGGAAGUGUAAGAAGGAGUGUAGUUGUUACAAAGAGGGAAAACAUUUUGGCCAUGAUGAAUACCAUAAAGACAGCUACAUGUCAGCGUACCCUAGUGGAACACUCUACACAAGAGACUCAUUUGUUGAAUCCAAACAGGUAGAUGUCAAACCAUAUUGGAAAGAUUUAAUAGAUAUUCCUCCCGGAGACAAUAGCUAUGACACUACUGCCUCUGAUAGACGUCACCAAUGUGCCCGUAUCCUCCUAGGGUCAGUAUGCCUCAUCUGGAGUGGCAUUACUUAUAUGUAUUGGACUGGAAAGUACCAUUCCAGCAGCCCCCGGUGGAACAACCACAUUUUGGAUGGCUCUGGUCUAGAUGACGGUACCCUGUCCCAAUGGCUACAGGCCCUAGGGUUUCCUAAGGAUAUGUUGAAUAACCAUGGUCCUGGAAAUAGAUGGGAUGCUAUUAUAUGGGAUGGGUUAAGGGAUAAGUUAUAUUUGGGAUUCCCGGACACUGGUAAUGGUGAUACUGGUCAUGGCGGGGACUAUAAUGAUAAUACAUUCAGAAAUCCAGCUGGUAUGAACUAUGCUGGAUAUAUACAUACCGUAGACAGGGGUGCAUUUUGCAGCAACGCUACCGUCUUCCAUAAGAAUGACGCCACAAUUACUGAAGAAAACAUCCACAAAUGUGGCGCCUUGUACAAGCUCUAUAUUCUUUCGUGUGCCUAUUUUACCGGGUUACAGAACAAGGCUCCGCCGAAGGCGGAAAAUAAAACUCCCCGUACCAUCCGUGAGAUCCUAUACUGGCUAAGUGCAUUGCCCUAUAGUCAGGCAUAUCCAAAGAUACUGAAGCAUGGUAAGGAUAGACUAACCGAGGUACUCAAAAAACCCGGAGACACCGCAUCAACCAACGAACAGAAACAGCUUUCCUUCCUUCAAACAGGCCGCAAUCAUCCCAUAACUGUCCAUGAAUUCAACCUUUUUGCCCACUUCCAAGCAGUGACCCAGUACUGCCCAUUGGUGCUCAUAGGUAUCCAGGGUGGUAUACACAGCACUGACAGGACUAUGGAACCUGCCAUUCACUCCCUCUACGCUAACACUGAAUGCCACUUCACCUAUCCCACUGUCUCCAUUCAAGCAUACAACCAGGUAGUACACUACAUUAGGGCUCUAUUCUACCAGCUCUAUUUCCUCAGGAAGCAGUGUGCCGUGAAGGUCACUUGUGGAGGUAAAUGGCGUGAGUGUAGGUAUGGUAAGGAUGUGGUGUCCAAGGGGGUUAUUAGCUGGAUGUGCCUGGGGUGUGACCCCAUGGAACAUGAUAGGAAAAAGAGGGUAGGGAAGGUAAAGGGGGUAUUGGAAACAGUCCUCAAGGGGAAAUCAGGAGAGCUUACGGGGGCACUAAAGGAUUUAUUGGAAAAGAUUGGCGAGGUGGUGGUACAAUUGGGUAAUGCCCAGGAGGCAUUGGAAGGGAAGAAGCCAGAGGGGAUCAAGGGGGUACAGGCGGCACUAGGGACGGCUAAGGAGGCACUGGAGGGGGCGGUGAAGAAGGUUAAUAGUGGGCUGACUGGGAAACUAGAGACGGCUAAGGCGAAACUAGUGGAGCUGACGAUGAAUAGUGGUAGUGGAGGAAUACUAGGGGAUGUAGUUGGGGCUAGUGGACUAGGGAUGGUAACGAGUAAGGGUGAAUAUGAUCCUGGUAAGAACAAGAUAAGUGCUGCUAUCCAUAAGGUAGAGGAAGUACUUAAGCUGUGUAAGGAGUGGACAGAGAAGGAGAAGGUGAAGGAGUCAUUGGAAUGUCUCCAGGAUGACAUAUUUACCAGUUCAGAUAUAAUUGAUGCUGUGCAUGAAGUAGAAAAGGAGCACACCGCACUCCUAUCAGCCAUCAAUGACCUCAUCUCCAUCUGCAACACCGCACAGUGCCCAGGAUGUAAAGACCACGCCAAGAAGUGCGGCCAAAAGGGGACAGCUACCAUGUGCACUCAAUGUGGCAACAUGACUACCACUGGUGUCCCCUCCCCUCUCCAGGCAUUCCUGGAGGAUAGGUUGCCAGGCUUUAGUUGUCAGAAUGUAGUGGACCAAGACGAGAACCCAGAGUACCCACCCGCUGCAUCCCACCUAGGACACUGUAAUGGUUCCGGCCAAUGCUGCCCAUUGCCAAUGGGUUUCAGAGGGCAAUUCCAGAAGGACGGUAUCCGUGAUUGUACCGGCAAACGCCUUUAUGGCAUCUUAUACUUCUUUAGUAACGAGAACAUGAUGCAAUCAUGUGUUUAUACACUGGUGAGAGUUACAGCAGCUCUCAGUGCCACCACACCACAGGUGUUGGGUGAUGUAUUCGGGUUCUUUAGGGGUGGUAUAGGAAAUCCAGUAGAGGACAAGGAGAAGAAGACGAAUAACAAGUGUGAGCACACAGAAGAUCCUAAAACGUCGACAAGCAAUGACAAAUACUUUUGCGGCUGGUGUGCCUCUGGGUUACGGGAUGAAGUGAAGAAGAUAGAGUGGAUAUACAAUGGGUCGGAGAAUGGAGGGGAGUACAUGAAGACUGUCGGUAAAGCACUAAGAGAUAUUAAGGGCGAUAAGGACACUAGCAGUGCCGUCGCAUUAUCCACUGCUCCUACCACUCCUAGUAACCUCUCUGCACUGACAAAGAACUCAGAAUACCUCUCCCCCCUAACCGGUGAACUCUAUACCGCAGUGAGUGCCACGUUCGGUGGAACAUACCUCUCAUGGGUACUAUACCUAUCAGAUGCACUUGAAGGUGGUCUACAGUCACUGUCUGAUGCAUUCCGUAAUAUUGAAUGCCGUGGCUGUAGAGAGUGUGACCCCAAUAAGUGCAAGAAGGGAGAACACGGACAGGGUAGUGGACAGUGUGGAUGCCAAUCAAUCGUAUCAUGUACCGGGGUAUUACCGGUGUUGUAUCGACAUGGAUUUAGCUAUGGUAACCCAUUCAAUCUGGAGGGGUUCCAGCAGAAGGAUGAGAAAAGUGGAGAUUAUAGUAUAGAAAAGACUAAAAACGGAGAGAAACAUUGUCAUCAAUUCUUGGACAGCUUGCAGAAAGUAAUAGAGAUCACUGAGAAGGGGAGGCAAGAUCAGCAUCCCCUCACCAACCUCCUCUCCCAGGUCGGCAAGCUCCAAUACGACAUACGGCUCCCGUGGAUCUUUGUCCUCACGGUAGCCUGGCUAGUAGCGGUGCUAUACCUAGCCUUUGGUGCCAUAUGGCCACUGGACUGGACACAUAUGAGGUCGCAUUGGUUAAGGGGUGGAGCACACCAAUGGCAAUGUAUGUGGUAUAAGGUAAUGACGGGACGGAAGGGGGUGGAGUUGGUGGAGUAUUUUGGUAGGAGGUAGUGGCGCCUUUGGCGCAACAGUGCUAUAAUGUGGUCGUUAGUAUCGGGGGUAGUAAUGUGGAGCAGUCUAGUGGU